AUGGCCAGUGCACACGUCGCCCCGCUGAAAAUCCCCCGCCUCGGUCGAUCCGACGAUAACCUUACCUCUGCCGAGCGGUGGCAAGCCAUCACCAAGCGCGACACAACCGUGAACAGUUUCGUCUACGGCGUCCUCACCACCAAAAUAUACUGCCGGCCAUCCUGCGGCGCUCGUCUCGCCCGUCGCGCGAAUGUCGAAUUCUACAACACUCCCUCCCAGGCCGAGAAAGCGGGCUUCCGGCCCUGUAAGCGCUGUCGGCCACAAAGCGGGGGCACGGCAGCGCAGAGUAAUCCCCAAGCCGCGGUGGUUGAGAAGGCAUGUCAAACAAUACGGGACCAAGUCAGCGCAGGAAUGAAACCACCCCGAUUGCACGAUUUGGCCACCCAAGCAGGGCUGACAGCGAGCCAUUUUCAUCGUGUGUUUAAAAAGAUUCUGGGCGUGACGCCAGGUCAGUAUGCGAGUAGUGUGGCCCAGAACGGUUCUUGUCCGUCGCCGGGGUCUUUGACGCCUGAUGCUUUGUCUGAACUUGAAACACCACCUUUAUCGGCAUCGCCCUUUGGGCUGGGGGUUGGGUUGGGGCUACCCGAGAUGGACGGGAGGGAGGAGCUGGAUUUAGAUUGUGGGCAAGGCUCCGCGCUUCCUGGGGAGCCGGCGGUUAGGCGGAAGGAUUUCUCUCCUGUCAUCUUGGAUAACGCAUGGAAUGAGUUUGACAUUUUGUUGGCGGCAGAGAAUCAGGGGCAGGUAUCCUCUUUCGAUUCUUUCUCCAUUGACCCGCGGGUUCUAUUACAUCGGACCUGA